GACCAGGCACCAGUCCCCAAUCCUCUGCAGUCGGUUACCCUGAAGACCACAAAGAGACUGAGAGAUUGAUGCGCUGGGCAAAGCUGGACUAAAGAGUCUCAUCUGGAAAAGAGGGUCCAUGAAAACCGCCAAAAGAAGCGCCAAAAGGAGACUGUAGUUUGGAAAAAGGACAAGGGUGGCGCGGUUUGGACUUAUUUUUGCGUUGCUGGGCGCGCGGAGUGCCUCUCUUGCUUCACCACCUAUUCACAGUUCAUGCAACCACGGGCACAUCUCCUGCCCCAGAGCCCAAGUCUCUGAAUAAUGGAAGUUUCUAACCUCUCAGGCGCCACUCCGGGCCUUGCCUUUCCUCCGGGACCCGAGAGCUGCAGUGACAGCCCAAGUUCCGGCAGGAGCAUGGGAUCCACCCCAGGUGGGCUCAUCUUGCCCGGCCGUGAGCCGCCCUUUUCUGCCUUCACCGUGCUUGUGGUGACUCUACUGGUGUUGCUGAUCGCUGCCACUUUCUUAUGGAAUCUGCUAGUUCUGGUGACUAUCCUGCGCGUCCGCGCCUUCCACCGCGUGCCACAUAACUUGGUGGCCUCGACAGCCGUCUCGGAUGUCCUGGUGGCGGCUCUGGUGAUGCCUCUGAGCCUGGUGAGCGAGUUGUCCGCUGGGCGACGUUGGCAGCUAGGCAGGAGUCUGUGCCACGUGUGGAUCUCCUUCGACGUGUUGUGCUGCACCGCCAGCAUCUGGAACGUGGCGGCCAUCGCCCUGGAUCGCUACUGGACUAUCACGCGCCACCUGCAGUACACGCUGCGCACCCGGAGCCGCGCUUCUGCGCUCAUGAUCGCGGUCACCUGGGCACUGUCCGCGCUCAUUGCUCUCGCCCCGCUGCUUUUUGGCUGGGGCGAAGCCUAUGAUGCUCGGCUGCAGCGUUGCCAGGUGAGCCAGGAGCCCUCCUAUGCUGUCUUCUCCACCUGCGGAGCCUUCUACCUGCCUCUAGCGGUGGUGCUCUUCGUCUACUGGAAAAUAUACAAAGCCGCCAAGUUUCGAUUUGGCCGCAGAAGGCGGGCGGUGGUACCGCUUCCUGUCACCACGCAGGCAAAGGAAGCACCUCAGGAGUCUGAGAUGGUGUUCACAGCCCGUCGCAGAGCAACAGUGACCUUCCAGACAAGCGGAGACUCGUGGCGGGAGCAGAAGGAGAAGCGGGCAGCCAUGAUGGUCGGGAUCUUGAUUGGCGUGUUUGUGCUUUGUUGGAUCCCCUUCUUCCUGACGGAGCUCAUCAGCCCGCUCUGUGCCUGCAGCCUGCCACCCAUCUGGAAAAGCAUAUUCCUGUGGCUUGGAUAUUCCAAUUCGUUCUUCAACCCCUUGAUUUACACUGCCUUUAAUAAGAAUUACAACAAUGCCUUCAAGAGCCUCUUUACUAAGCAGAGAUAAGAAGGGCUGGGGAGAUAAAAGGGAAGACCUGGGAAGAGAAAGGGGAUCUGUAAUCCUCAUUUCACCCGAGACCUUCUCCCCACCACCCACAGCCCGAUAAUGACACUCCGAAAGUCGUACCAUUGGGCCUGGAACGUUGAAGAGUUCUCAUGGAGGUUGGCAACUGUUUGGCAAACACGCCCAUGCCUUCUACAGAAGGACGUGACAGACAUUACUAGUGAAUUGUGCUCCAUUUCUGCACUAGGCAGAAACCCUGCCAAACACUUUCAGGAUAGAUUUUAGGUAUUGGUGAGCAUUUGUCAGACCUGACAUGUGACAAGGUUGAUUUGUUUUUCCGUUAUUUAGUACCGUGUCCCUCAGUGAGGGUCUCUCAGGAGUUUCCUGAGACUGACUCCCUGACACAGACUCUCCUCUAUCCCUUAUCCAUCAGAGGAGUUUCCCUUUCUUAGCCUCCUACACAACCUCCACAGGACAAUGAUUCUCAGCUUAGAAGCAGAUGGGCCUCACCCGAAGCCUUGAUAAAACGUGUUCCACACAGGUGUCUUCAAGAUGACUCAGUAGGUGAAGGCACCUGCCCCUGAGCCUGGUGGCCUGCUUUUGAUGGAGACACACGUAAUGGAAGGAAAGAAAAAAAAAAAAAACCUAACUGUUGCAAGUUGUCUCUAACCUCCAGA